AUGUUGUUCUCAAACCCAUUUCGUUCCGACUCCGAAUCUGACGACACAAACACCGCCCUUCCAUAUUCUUACAGACCCCUGUCGGAUGAAACCGGACCCACCGUCGCUCCUGCCAAAGGCCGGCGACCCAUCAGGGUAAUAGUCCUGUUAUUGACUGGGUUGCUGGCGGUUGGUUUGUUGGUGGCCUUAAUGAGUGGAGAUGGAUUGGCUUCAAAUGGUGGAAGUGAGAUGGUUUCGGCGUCAGUUUCAACGACAAAUAUGUCGACGUCGCCGGGGAGGAUAAAGCCGGUAUCUCGGGGGAUAAAGGAAGGUGUCUCCGCGAAGUCUUUUGUUCCAUUGUUGGGCGUGCCUCAAUUUCCAUGGACCAGAGAAAUGUUGGCUUGGCAAAGAACUGCUUUUCAUUUUCAACCAAAAAAAAACUGGAUGAAUGGUCCAUUGUUCUACAAAGGAUGGUAUCACUUUUUCUACCAGUACAACCCAAAAGGGGCUGUGUGGGGUGACAUUGUGUGGGGCCAUGCAGUUUCAAGGGACCUAAUUCACUGGCGCCACCUUCCAAUCGCAAUGGUUUGCGAUCACUGGUACGACAUCAAUGGUGUAUGGACCGGGUCCGCCACCAUACUCCCUGAUGGCCAAGUGGUCAUGCUCUACACUGGAUCAACCAACGAGUCUGUGCAGGUGCAAAAUCUAGCAUACCCUGCCAACUUAUCUGAUCCUUUCCUCAUUGAUUGGGUCAAGUACUCCGGAAACCCGGUUCUUGUCCCACCGCCCGGUAUCAAAAUCAAGGACUUCCGUGACCCGACAACUGCAUGGUACAGGUCCGAUGGCACGUGGCGACUCACCAUUGGAUCCAAGGUUAACAAAACUGGCAUUUCGCUAGUAUAUGAGACCAAGGACUUCAAAACAUAUGAGCUCCUGGAUGGGGUGCUCCAUGGUGUCCCGGGUACGGGUAUGUGGGAGUGUGUGGACUUUUACCCUGUUUCUAAAAUUGAGGCAAAUGGGUUGGACACAUCAGACAAGGGUGCAGGAGUGAAGCAUGUGGUCAAAGCUAGUCUUGAUGAUGAUAGGAAUGAUUAUUAUGCACUUGGGACUUACGAUGACACAGCGGUUUCAUGGAUCCCGGAUGACCCGAAGGUGGAUGUUGGAAUCGGGUUGAGGUAUGAUUAUGGAAUUUUCUAUGCAUCAAAAACGUUUUAUGAUGAAGAGAAGAGAAGAAGAGUGUUGUGGGGUUGGAUUAAAGAGAGCGAUAGUGAAAGUACAGACGUGAAGAAGGGCUGGUCGUCUGUUCAGGCCAUUCCAAGGACUGUAUUGUUUGACAAGAAGACAGGUAGCAAUUUACUUCAAUGGCCGGUGGAUGAGGUCAACAACCUAAGAUCCAGCAGCCGGGAAUUCAACAUGGUAACCGUCGAAUCCGGGUCAAUCGUUAAACUCGUCGUGGACUCAGCCGAUCAGUUAGAUAUCAUGGCCGAGUUUGAGAUCGAUAAAGAGGCCUUGGAGACUAUAAAUGGAACCGACGAUGUCUAUGAUUGCAGUGCCGCCGGUGGAGCUGCUAAGAGAGGUGCAUUGGGGCCAUUUGGUAUCUCAGUUCUGGCUGAUAAGGACCUUUCUGAGCAGACUACGGUCUACUAUUAUGUUGCAAAAGGAGCUGAUGGCAACCUCAAGACUCUCUUCUGCAGUGAUCAAUCAAGGUCUUCUGAAGCAACCGACGUUGACAAGGCGAUUUAUGGAAGCACAGUUCCAGUACUCAAAGGCGAAAAAUUAUCUAUGAGGACACUGGUGGAUCAUUCGAUUGUCGAAAGCUUUGCUCAAGGUGGAAGGACAUGUAUCACCUCAAGGGUAUAUCCAACUAAGGCCAUCAAUGGAGAUGCUCAACUCUUCUUGUUCAACAAUGCAACUGAGCUUCAUAACACUGUGAGACAGGCAGCAGAGCGAAUGGCGUCGCCGACGACUUGUAGGCGGUGGGCUGCUGUUGGUGGUGAUGGCACAGUGAAUGCCAGAGUUGGGGCUGACUACUGGAGUGAAUGUCGAAUUUAA